CCAGAGAAACGAAGCCGGAAAUAAAUCCGGAUCAACCUCACACGUUUCGUUCCUCUUCGGUGGUGAUGCUAAACCACCGAGCUCCUACCUGGGAUGGAUUUAGAAGACGCAUUUCAAGUUGUCGGCGAAUUUGGACCCUACCAGAAGCGAGCGGUGGCUGUCCUCGUUCUGACACAGGUGUACAUGGCCUGUCAGUCCAUGCUGAUUGUUCUGGUUGGUGCAACACCGACGUACCGGAUCGAGCAGGACAGCGUCCCACCCAGCCAGCAGGAGCUCUUCCAACAUGUCACCUUUACAGAGGACAUUGACUCCAUAGUGACUGAGUGGUUUCUCAUUAAGCAGCAGGCCUAUAAGGUCAGUCUAGCUGGAUCACUGUUCUUCGCGGGGCUUCUGGUUGGGAAUGUCGUCUUUGGGCCACUCUCUGAUAAGAUCGGAAGGAGACCUGUCUACUUGACAGGUCUGUUUUUUGAGGUGGUCUUUGGUUAUGUGACCGCGUUAGCACCCAGCUAUGAGGUCUUCGCCGUGUCUCGUCUCCUGGUGGGGCUGAUGAAUGGUGGCAUUGGCCUGGUCUGCUUCGUCCUCACUCAGGAGUAUGUGGGCAAGUCCUACUGGGCCAUGACCGGGACAUUGACCAGUAUGACUUUUGCGGUCGGCAUAGCCCUGUUUGGAGCUCUGGGCUACUUUAUCCAGCCGUGGAGGAGCCUGGCCACCGCAGCCAACUCGUCUGGUGUCCUGUUCUUCCUGCUGUCUGUCACUCUUCCAGAGUCUCCUCGUUGGCUGUAUUCUCAGGGUCAGACAGAGCGAGCUGAGGAGGUCCUGCGCUACAUGGCGCUGAGAAAUGGAAACACUGCCAACCACCUGAUGCUGCAGCGAGUUGGUGCUGCUAAAGCCGGUAACCACGACAAGAGGGGCGCAGGUGUCCUGCAGCUGGUCCUCCAUCCGGUCCUCCGUCUGAGGACCAUGGUGCUCAUGUAUGUCUGGUAUGCAUGCAGCUUGGUGUACUACGGUCUGACUCUGGGGGCCAGCGAGACAUCCGGUAGCCGUUAUGUUAAUGUGGCCAUGUACGGCCUGGUUGAGCUGCCUGCCUACCCUCUCUGCAUAUACUUCAUCAACAAACACUGGGCUGGGAGGAGGAAAAGCAUGGCCAGCUUCCUGUGUCUCGCUGGCUCCGCCUGCCUCUGCACCAUGUUCAUCCCUGAAAAUACGGGGACCUUCCUGAGCGUUACAUCGUUAGCACUUCUGGGGAAACUGAUGGUCAGUGCAGCUUUCAACAUUGCCUAUGUCUACACCUCAGAACUUUAUCCAACAGUUAUCAGGAAUGCUGGUUUGGGAGUAUGUUCCAUGUCGUGUAGAGUAGGAGGAAUCCUUGCACCAUUUGUUCCUUCCAUGCGGGCUCUCCACACCUCCAUGCCCUUCACUGUGUUCUGUCUGAGCGGCCUGUCUGCAGGCUGCCUGGGCCUCCUACUGCCCGAAACCCUCAACGGACCCGCAGCAGAAACUCUGGAAGAGCUCAGCAGCCCGACACACAGCCGAGUGCUGGAGAGCAAGGCUCUUUUGUACGAAGACGACAAAUGGAGAUCAAACCACAAAUGAAGCCGGAAGCCUCGUCUUCAUCACCAGAGCAGCUCAGUCCGGCGAAACAGACACUACACCUCAUUCCUUUUUGGAAUUGCUGCCUCAAAAUGGUGAACUGUCUUUUAAAUUAACUUGAGAGGCAGAUCACCAAGUUCACUUUCCAUGUUCGUGAACUGUGACAUUUCAGAUGGGGCAGAGCCGUAGGUGCUGACCAGCGCUUUGCCUUCAGGAAGAGGACGUUAUCAACAGACCCAAAGGUUCCUCCUGUAUCUGAUUUUUACAGAAAAGCCAGGCAGUCAAUCCUCUGCCUUCAUUUCAUAUUCCUGAAUAUUGUCACAGUGUUUGUGCCUUAUUUGGUGGUAGACAGACAGGAGGGACAGGAAAGCUGUGACAGGACAGAUAUGUGACUUACAUUACAUUUAGAGAGACUGGUGAGUUGGAAAAGCCAACUUGCUGCUUACAGAAAUGGAACUGAAAAACACUUGAUUUUAACAGUUGCAUUUUCCAGAUUUUCUCAACUGAAGCAGCCCCACGUUGUUGGGUUUAUUCAUAUUAACAUUCCUCAAAAUAUGGUUAACUUUUAGGAGCACAGUGAUUUUUUUUGGGAGGAAAUGUGUCCAGUUCUCAACUGAACUGUGGACUCUGCUGGAUAAUUACAAUCUAAUAGCAUUACAAACAUCCAAAAAGAUCACUAGAACAUGUUGAGGUCAGACUUGCAACAUUUUUAGGAGGCUUUUUUUUGUUUACAACAAUCCAUUUAUUGUCUGUGCAGCAGCUUUCACUGGUGUAGACGGCAGAAGAAGCACUAGGUGUAAACCACUGGGUUCUUGGUUAUUGACAGAGAGGCAGGUGAUUUGAUAGGACGUGAAGAAGGUGGGAUUGUUGAGAACAUUCGAGAUGACUUAACAGUCCAGUGGGAGCUUGUAUGACAGAUGAAUUCAAGUAUACGUUUCUGUUUCAGUCGGCUCCAAAAGACUCACAGUUCACAGUUAUCUCUGUUCAGUUGUGGUUGGUGGACUAUCAUCGAUAGCCAACAGAACCAGUGAUCCGUACAGUGAUCGCUCUGCUCAGUUUUCUUUUUCUUUUUAAUGAUCCACAUCAUUGAAACCGUGACAUCACAGCCUGUUUUGGAGCUGAGUGCUUGAAAGUUAUGUCAGAUGGAAAGCUAAUGUGACCGGACUGUGGAGAUGCACUUUAUGAGGAAGUUCAGGCGACCAUUUCAUGGACUGGAUCUAACACUAAAGUCCUUAUAAGCUCAAUGAAUAGUUUGAACAAAGUGGAGAACAGAGGUUUGAGUAGAAAAGGGCAGAUAUGACUUCAAACCGGUACAAUUACAUUAUGAAGAAUCGAGGCUGGAGCGUGUCACUGGGGCUCAACUGUACAGUGAUGGAACUGACACUGCUAUUAGUUACAAAAAUCUCUUUAGGCUGAAUAACAUCUCAGGAGCCUACGUCUAAGAAAGGAAAGGAAAAUCUUCAGUUGUCUUUUAUCAGCUCAAUCUACCUGAACAGAAAGCUGACUGAAGAUGCUUAAACAGACCAAUUGAAUGCCUUCUUUACAUUUUGGCCUAUAUGAACUAGAGUGAUUAAAUGAUGUGAAUUUUAGUUUUUCUUAAUGAAUAAUUACAUCAAUGGCCCUACAGAUCAAUCCUGCAUAUUUCAUUAGCUAAUCUAACUAUCAGCUGAGUUUGAUUGAUGCGACUAUCUGAGGACCAAAUACUCCACCUGUUAUUUAAAUCACAACUAGAGGUUAAAUUCUGACAAGGCUCCAAUAGGGUUACAGUAGGUUGAAAGUGGACACAUUCAAUGCUACAAUGCUAGCAAAAUCCAUGGGCACUAGAAACUGUAAAUGUCAGUUUCCAGGAGAUUAUAGAAAAGCUGGUGAAAAUGGGACCAAUACAAUUCUGGUUGUGGAAUAAUGUAUGUUUUCUUUAUUUUCUCUGGUAUUGUUGUGUUUCUGUGUAUGGCAGUCACUGCACUCGCAUGAUUUUUUUUUUUUAUCUGGUAGCAAAUUUGUGCUCAGUGAAAAGACUGACACACAAACCUGCACAACAGAGGAAGAAGCUUUGCAAAAGGUUCUUGCAACUCCAAAUUUCCAAAUCCCCAGAUGACCAAAGUUCAUCUUGUGGAAUGUACAGUCUGUAAAAAUACACCUGGGCGUUCAUGGUAGUGAUUACACACUCAACACGUUUUUCAGUUUCAUCUGACUCAUGAAAUCAUACAAGAACACAUCAUGCACCAAUAAAUAAUCACGUGUGUGUCAAACAGGCUUGACUUUAGACUAACAACAAAAAUAGUCAUUGUGAAUCAAAUUUUUAAGCUUGUAUUUUUUAAACCAUUUUAUCAAAGCACAACUAUGUUUAUAAGAGACUGGGCUUGAGCUACAGUGACCCCAACAGCCCAAACCCCUGCCACCAAGAUGAUUUGAUUUCCAUGUUUCAAUAGACUGAACUAGAAUGACACAUACCUCUGCCCAGACCAAACAAUCUUACAUGUGUAAAUACAGGGGAAAAGGAAGUGGUCUGAGAAGAUAAAUCUUUGUCACAUCCACCCCUUUAACUGGAAAUGCACCAAAACUGAACAGUUUCUUCCCCGGCCCACACCCUGUAGCUCCCCAGAGUUGGUGCAAUUCAGUGCUUUUUGCGUAAUCCUACUGACACAUAACAGACAUGAGUAAGGACAUGACCUCCUUGCCAGAGGUAAAGAUGGAAACACUUGACAAGCAUUCUGCCUUCUGUGCCUUUAACACUGAUGAUGUUUACACUCUUGUGUGAUUUAAAAAAAAUAAAAUGUAAAUUAAAUAUUACAAAUGUUUUAUAUGCCAUCAUUUUGUAUUGUGUCUACAAUAAUACAAUUACAAUAUGUAUUAUGUAAAUAUACUGUAUGUAUAAUGAUAUCUGUGGGUCCUUAAAAAGUAAUAUAAACUAUUUAUGCUAAAGGAAGUAAACAGUCAAGAAUUCUCACUUA